GGCGCUAGUAGAAGCCAAUCCACUCCGCCACGCCUGUCCUCCUCAGCACUCCGCUUUAUUGUCGCCUGUAGCCACUGAAAGGAGAACCUCAAGGGCCAGAGACGUUUCCAUGGAUGGAUUUCAACAACGGUGGGAGUGAUGAAGUUUGAGGAUCUGCUGAUCUUGGCCACAUCACUGCAAAUUCUGCCGUGUUCUGUGGGAUACCAUGUAGGAUAAACUGUCGCCUGGGGUCAGCACUUUCCACAUUGAGGACAAAAGUUCAUCAUUCACAGAUGCAGCUUCAUCAAACUUAAUGCAUGGCCAUGGAUCACGGAGAGGUGCGGACUGAGCUGGACCAGAUUUCUGUGCGGCUUCAGGAGGAUGGCUUGCCUCCUGGGGCCAGUGUUGAGGAGCGACAGCGCCACUUAUGGCAGCAGCUGCUCAACAGUGAGGCAAAGCUCCAGUCAGCCACCCAGGAGCUGCAGACCGCACGCACCCAGCAGGCCAAUGAGAUGAAGGAGGUGGAGAGUUACGUUGCACAUAUUCGUGGGCUGCUGGAAGAGCGUGAGUGUCUGACUGCAGACUAUGAGAGAGACAAUGAACACUUGCGACAAGAGCUUCACCAGCUCAGACAACAACAAGAGAGUCAGAGCAAGGAGCUGGCGGAGUUGUUGGCUCAGGAGGACCUCGGGGAGAUGGGUUUGAGCAGCCCCAGUGAGCAGGUGGCCUACCUGCUGGUGGAGAGGGCCACUCUACUGGAAAGGCUAGAGGCCACUGAGAGAAGACUGGAAAGUCAGAGCCUCACUGACAGCUUGAGGGAAGCCCACCACCAGGAGCAUAUUCACCAGAGAAUGGGGGAGGAGAUAAGGCAGCACAGAGAGGACAUGCAGAAAACCAUAGAUAACGUAACGAAGCAGUGUUCAUCCCAGAGUCCGUUGAAGAAGCUGUUUGGGCUGCGCAGGUCUGGUCAGAACAAACACAAUAUUACCCCUGCUCACAGUGAGGAGAUUUCCCGGGAGCGAAUUGAGCGCCAGAGGCUGGAGCGGGACCUGGAAGAGGCAUCUAGGAGGCUGGCAAUGGCUCAUCAGGAUAUCCGCAGACUCACCAAUGAGCUGGAUGUUGCCAAACACAACAACCUAGAACCAAGUGGAUCUGAGCUCCAGGGAACAGUCCAAGAAGUAGAAAACCUGAGGAAGGAAGUGGACAAACUGAAACAAUGUGAUAUGAUGAAGCUGCAGCGAGCCAAAGAGCAAAACGACAGACUGGAUGCUGAGAACAGAGCUCUGAGGGAGAGAGUCCGCUCUUUAGAAUCUGAGAAGAAAGAUCUCUUGGACCAGUUGGCAAUAAACGAUGCCGACCAAGAGGAUCGAAAGGACAAGAGCAUUAGCGGUGAAACACACAACAAUCUGCCUGGCCACGAAAAAGAUUACAUUCACAAACGGUGUCGUGAGGCGAUGGAAGAUGGGCUAGUACAGGUGAGGGAGCUGCAGCGGCAACUCCAGAGGCUACGCAAGGACCAGGAGGAGCUGGAGGAGAGGAACGAGGAGCUGGAGGCACUGCUGGGUGAGGCCCAGAACACCAGCAAGGAGGAGAGGCAUCGCCACGAGGGAGAACUGGAGGGACUCCACAGGAGGAUCAAAUGCCUGGAAGCAGAGCUGAAGAAGCAGGAUGCCCAAGAAAAAAUGUUGAAGAACGGAGAAGAGGUCAAACCCACUGAAUCCUUCUUACAAAUGCACCUAAGGGACAGCAGUCAGGAGAGAUUGGCUCUGCUAGAGGCUCGUCUGACGGAGGAGAAGGACUGGAGGAAACAGCUGGAGGUAGACCUCAGUGCUGCCCAGGCUGCCCUCAAAAAAGACAAGGAGGCUUUGCAGAUAGGUGAGCGAGAGCUGAAGAAGCUGAGACUUGAGGUCAACAGCCUUCAGACCGAAUGUCAACAAGGGAAAACGCUCAUCAAAAGCCUUACCCAAGUCAAGGGGGAAAAAGCAGUUCUGGAGGAAAAGGUGGCCCAAAUGGAGCGUGCCCACAGCCGGCUCCAAAGCGAGCUGGAACGUUACAAGGACAGUAACCGGACCCAGGAGGACCUCAGGGAAAACAGGCUUCAGGUGGACCAGCUGCAGGAGCAGGCUGACCGACUAAGUGCUGAACUUAGCAGCCUCCAGACAGCACACAGCGCCUUAAGGGAUGAGAUGGUUUCUGAGCGCCUCCAGACUACAGACCUCCGGGCCAAGCUGAACUCCAGUGUCCAGGAGAAGCUGACGGCGGAGGGGGAAAGAGAGAGACUGGAUCUCGAGAUACAGCGCCUCAAAGAGCAGCUCAAGUGGCAUCAAGAGCAGCUCUCCUCUACAAAAGAAGCACUUCAUAGCAGCCAGAAGCUGGAGCUGCACACAGCUCAUGUCGAAUCUAGGCUUAGUCCAGUGGAGAGGACCAAGGAUGAGGGUGUGGAUCAGUUUUCAUGUCUGAAGCAGGACCUGAAUCAUUUGCAGACUAAGCUGGUGGAGGAGCGGCAGCUGGCCUCUCAGCACCAACUGGCCCUGCAGGCUCAGGUCAAUGAAGCCCAGGCACGCAUCAAGUCCCUGGACUUAGUGCUGAGCCAGAGGGCAGAGGAGGCUAAACAGAUGAAGCAGGACCUGCAAAGGGCCCAGAGCCUGUUCUCCUCUGCAGAGAGAGAGCUGCGCUACGAGAAGGAGAAGAACAUGGACCUGAAGAGACACAACACCUUGCUGGACCAAGAAAAACUCAAGCUUUGUGCAGAGCUGAAGCAGGUCCAGACCAAGCUGGUCCAGGUGGAACAGAGCGGCCACACUCAGGCGGCCGAGUGUGAACGUCAGCAGCAGAAAAUCAGGGAACUGGAGUUGGAACUGGCACGCAACUCCACAAACCGCAGUGCUACCUCCAGUCUGCAGGAGGACCUGCAGGCUGAGAGGGCGCGGCUCAUUACUGCUGACAAGAAGGUGUUGGAGCUGCAGCAGCAGCUGAAGAGUGCCCAGCACCAGCUGCGCGUGGAGGAAGCCCGAGCCGGUGAUAGCAGCCGCCUGGAGAGGGACAGCAGGGAUUUGUCUGACACCUUGUCAGCCUUGAGAGCCAGGCAGCAGGAGGAGCACAUCACCAGAAAGCUGUUAGAGCAGCGUGAGGAGGAGCUGCAGCAGCAGGUGCGCUCCCUGAGGCUGAAGGAGGCCUCCCUGAACAGGACUAAUGCAGAGCUCAGCCACCGCACCCAGCAGCUGGACACCCGUCUGACCAUCCUGGAGGCUGAGCUUAGCAAGGCCAGAGAGGAAGCGAGAGACAGUCAGAAGUCAAGCCACAGACUGCAGGAGGACUUAGUGGCCAGUCAGCAGGAGUGUGACAGACUGCAGGGGGAGCUGCAGCAAGUUCUCCUCCAGCUGGACACACACGUCCGGAAGUACAACGAAAAGCAGAGUCAGCACAAAACCAAGCUGCGUCAGGCCAAGCAGGUCUUUCUCAAGGCGACUGCACAGAGGGACCGCAUCAUCCAGAAACUGGAGAACGACCUGGGGCUGGCCUCCAGCCUCUCACUAAAGGAGAAGGAGAGGAUCCAAACAGUGACAGAGGAAAAUGAGAAGCUUUUGGAGGAGAAGAGGGAGUUGUUGCGGAAGAUAAGCGAGGCAGAGGAAAUGGGCAGCAAAGGCAUGAGGACUGCCUCCACUGUCCAACACAGAGUCAACGUCUUAGAAGUGGAAAACAGACAACUUCAAGAUCGGACCCUGAAGCUCUCCAAUCAAGUCAGUUCCUUAGAGCGAGCCCUGAGGAACGGCCAGUCGUUCUACAGCCUGGAGAAUGCCAAGAAAGUGCUUCCCCCUGAAAGUGUCUGUGAUGGCAUCCUGCAUACUUCUACGCUAAGACUGGCUUCAGGUUCGUGUGACGCGCUGGACAUCCUGGACGCAAUCUGCCGUGUGAAGGUUGGCGACCGUGCGGCGGUGGACGGCACUCGAGCGUCCGUCUCCACGCACCAACCAUCAGAGCAGGGCUACCUGAAUCUCAACUCCCCAUUGGUUCCUCCAGAUAUUCAAGGCACAGAGGAAAGCUCUAACAACAGCGAGCAGGUAUGAGAGGUGGGAGGUUGUUGGCCUGUGUUAACCAGUGAGAAUGAGUGACAACGUAUUGGGUUGGUACGACAGCACCCGCUGCUUCCACUGAAGACGAAAAUAUAAAUAGAAUAAAGGAGUGAAAAAAAUAUGUAGAAUGCAAAUAAUCAUUUGUUAAAAGGCAGUAAUAAUGAAAGGGAGCUUCCACUGCAGUUUUCCUCAGGUCAAUAUCACUUUUGUAUUGCAAAGCUUUCUUGUUUGGCUUGCUAGUCCUGUUUUAUUUUUUUAAUCCAGAUUCAGACUGAGGGUGAACAUUCGGGGGAUUUGUUAAAAAAAAAAAAAAAA